AUGUCCCCCAGUCCAGUGUAUAGCUCGUUGGUGCUUGCGGAUAAGGAGCAAUCACCAGACUCUUUGGAUAACUAUUUCGGAGUCUACGACUUGCACAAGGCAAAGGACCCUCGCCUGGUGUCGGAUAAGAGCCGGAUACUCUCCAACGAUACGAGGCCGACCAAGAUCGAGAACGACUUUUUCGUUGGUAGUGCGCUUGUGAUGCACAAGACAAUUGACGAGACCAUGCCAUCGCCGUACGAGGCGUAUUUGGCUCCGAAACAACGGUAA